CUGAACCAUGGAUUAUUCUCACCAAAACAAAUCCUUUCCUUUGCCAAAAUAAACAUUAACCAAACACAGCUACAACAUGAACUAUGCCAAAGCUCUCCUGAAAUCACUUCUUCAAAUCUUUAUUCUCCACUAUUGUUCUGCUUCAGACACUCUACGCUUUAACGAGUCAAUCAAAGACGACGGUUCGGUCUUGGUCUCUGAUGGAAAUACUUUCGUUGUGGGCUUCUUCACCCCCGGAAAAUCCAGCUCUAGAUAUCUCGGAAUUUGGUUCAAUUUCUCUAAAGAAAGAGUCAUUUGGGUGGCCAACAGAGACAGUCCCAUCAACGACACAUCAGGAGUUCUCUCUUUCAAUCCCCACGGAAACCUCGUACUGAUCUCCGACAGCCGAAACAUCUCACUCUGGUCGACCGAUGUUUCGGCCUCGUCCGUUAGCAGCAUUGCAUUCGAAGCUAAAAUCUUGGAUUCUGGAAAUUUCGCUUUGUUUUGGGAUGGUGAGAUCGUAUGGGAGAGCUUUGAUCACCCGACGAAUUCUCUGCUGUCGGGGAUGAAGGUGGGGCCCGACUUUAGGAAGGGACUGAACCGGGUUGUCCGGUCGUGGAAGUCACCGGACGACCCGGGGACGGGGAAUUGCUCGUUGAUCAUGGAACCAAAAGGCUCUCCGCAGCUGAUCCUUUACAAGGACCGUGCGAAAUGGUGGCGAGCCGGGCACUGGAACGGCCAGCAAUGGGGAGGCAUCCCGGCUUUGAGCUCCUUACCCCGCGCCAACUUCUUCAACAUCACUUUCACCGAUAAUUCGGAUGAGAUCACGGUGGUGUGGAGCGUUCUAGACCCUUCGAUCUUGACCUACAUAAACAUCGACGAGUCUGGAUUCCUCCGGCAGUUUGCCUGGCAGGGACGGGACUCAGGCAAGUGGUCAGAAAUCUACACCGCACCGGGGGACAAGUGCGACCAGUACGCAUAUUGCGGGAAGUAUGGGACGUGCGAUCCGUACAACGUGAAUGGGUUAGAUUGCGGGUGCCUCCCGGGGUAUGACCCCGUGUCGCCGCACGACUGGGCGCUUAGAGAUUGGUACCGCGGAUGCAGGAGGAGAGAAGGCGCCCCGAGCAUGUGCCGGAAUGCGGAAGGGUUCGUUAAGGUCGAGAACGUCAAGGUCCCCGAUGCGUCGGCCACGGUGGUGGAUCGGAGCUCGGGGUUGAAAGAGUGUAGGGAGGAGUGUAUGAGGAACUGCUCUUGCUUGGGAUAUGGAGUUGCGGAUGUGAGGAAUGGAGGAAGUGGGUGUAUGAGGUGGCAUGGAAGUUUGAUGGACAUCAAGCAGUUUAUACGAGGGGGACAAGAUUUGUAUGUCCGUGUGGACUCAAUUGAAUUAGCUAACUAUGAGAAUUCGGAUGGGCUCUCGACAAAAUGGAUAGUGGCGAUUGUAGUACUGGCAAUUGCUGCUACUUUACUCAUCGUUGGCUCUGUUUUGUACUGGUUAAAGAGAAUGAAGGGAAAAGGAAGACAUGUCCUCGGACAAACAGCAACAUCGCGCAAUGAUGUUUCGGCAGGUUCGACUGGAUUUGAAGAUUCUCCAAGUAAAACUGGUGGAGAGAAAACAGAUGUACGUUUCCUUGACUUGAGCACUGUUGUGGCGGCAACGGACAAUUUUUCGUCCGCAAAUAAGCUAGGGCAAGGUGGCUUUGGCUCAGUGUACAAGGGUGUUCUAGCUGAUGGACAGGAGCUAGCCGUAAAAAGGUUGUCACAAUUUUCAGGGCAAGGUGUAGAAGAAUUUAAGAAUGAAGUUCUUCUGAUUGCGAAACUUCAGCAUAGAAAUCUUGUGAGGCUUCUUGGUUGCUGCAUUAACAGAGAAGAGAAGAUGCUUAUGUACGAAUACAUGCCAAACAAAAGCUUGGACUUGUUAUUGUUUGACAAAAACAAAAAGUCAUUGUUGGAUUGGAGAAAGCGUUCUCAAAUUAUUUUCGGGAUUGCUCGAGGACUCUUGUAUCUGCAUCAUGAUUCAAGACUAAAGAUCAUCCACAGGGACCUGAAAGCAAGCAAUGUUCUACUUGAUGCCACAAUGAACCCCAAAAUUUCAGACUUCGGUAUGGCUAGAAUGUUUGGAGAUGACCAAAUAGAAGCAAACACGAACAAAGUGGUUGGAACAUACGGUUACAUGUCGCCAGAGUAUGCAAUGGAAGGGUUAUAUUCAAUGAAGUCCGAUAUCUUUAGCUUUGGAGUUCUGACCUUAGAAAUCAUUACGGGCAAGAAAAACAGCAACUUCAAUGAGGUUUCGUCUCUUAAUUUGGUUGGACAAGUAUGGGACUUAUGGACAGAAGGAAAUGCCUUGGAAAUAGUAGACGAAUCAUUGGGUCAGUCAUAUCCCAGUAAUCAAGUACUGAGAUGGAUUCAAAUCGGUCUCCUAUGUGUGCAAGAGCUCGCGGCAGAUCGGCCACCCAUGCUAGAAAUUUUAUUCAUGCUCGGUAAUGAGACGCCUCUUCCAUGUCCUAAAAGACCAGCCUUCAUCUACAAAAACUCCGGUAGCGAUACCUCGACAUCUAGAGGAGUUUCUGUAAAUAAUAUAACGGUUACAGUGAUGGAAGCGCGCUGAAGUUUCGGGCUUUGCCUUAAGUUUUGCCUCAUUUUAGUAUUCGUAUUUUGUUUCACAGCGGGGGAUUUUCUUGCCUUGCGCUGUUUUUGUCAACAACGUGCAUUGGAAAGAGCUCGAAGUGACUAGGAUUUCAUUGCGGGAGAUGAAUUAAAACCAGUAACUAAUUUGCUAAUCAAAAUUUUGUGCUUUAGAUUGUACAUACAUGAUACGUUUGUCCAAUCUUAUUGACGAAAAAUGCCGCGCAUUAAGAAGUACUAUCUCAUCACUAAUUAUUUUUGGCAAAGGCAUCAGUGUCUUCA